AUGCUUACAAAGUACAUUCUAUUCAUCUCACUCCUAUCGUUAAUCUUCGUUAAACUUCCUUCCGCGCGUUCACAAUGUGUAGAUCUCAAUCUAUUCGAUCACACUCAAAGGCAUGGUAAACUUUGUCCUCAAAUUGAAGAUUCACUAAAGAAGGGCAGCUCAAGCCUAUUAAAUCCGAUAGAUGCGCCACUUGAACAAAUUGAGAAUAAUAACAUGAUACAAAUAUUAUUUACAUGCGAUGAAAAGAAUAAACCCGAAUUAUGUAAAAAAGCGAAAUUAGCAUUUCAAAACGUGGCAAACGUAAUUUCGGAUACAUUAGAUUUCAAAGUUCCAAUAAUAAUUAACGCCAGCUUUACCCAAAUAUGUGGUAAUUUCAUGAAUUGUGAUCCGACCAAACCGGGACCACUUGGAGCUGCGGGACCGUCUAGGCUUAUCCCUUUAAAGGAUGAUGAUGGAAAGACGAGAUUAUACCCACAAUCAUUAGUGAAACAAUUUAAAUUAGAGAAACAUCCCGAAUUCUCGGAGGUUGACAUUCAAGCUGGGUUUAAUUCUGAAAUCUCAACUUUUUGGUUUAGAGGUGAUCCCGAAAUUGGCGUUGAUCAGGUAGAUUUUGAAUUGGUCUUGAUACAUGAAUUCUUGCAUGGUUUGGGAUUCCUUUCUUCUUGGGAUGAUUACUUGAGUUUGGAUAAUCCAACCGCUCUUACCCCUUUCCCAUCAUUCUUAAUUACCACCGAUGAUCUCUCAUCAAAUAUUGGACCAAUCAAAUUUACCGGAUUUCAAGAAUAUCCCUUUGAUAGAUAUUUAUCAUUAACCAAAGAUAAUAUUCCCCUCUCAUCUAUUACUGACAAAAUAAAUCAAUUUGCUAAUUCCACGACCACGUUUGCAAAUGAAAAAGAAUUUACUGAUGCCUUCACAAAUUCCAGUCAAUAUCUAGAAUGUAAGCAAAUGCUUCAAAACAGUAUCACGAGAAAUUCUAUCGUAUUCAAGUUACCCGAUGAUGAUUUAUAUCCAAUCGAAACCUCUUUGGUUCCCUAUAAAUCAGGUUCUACCCUAAAACAUGGAGAUUAUGAUAGUUUUAGCAACUCUACCGAUUUCUUAAUGAGAUGGAAAUCCCCACGUCAAGUCACCAUGGAGAAUCUGCUGUCUGUCAAUGGUAACGAUACCAAUUAUAUCAAUCCCAUCGGUCCAAAAACUCUCAAGGUUUUAGAGGUUUUAGGAUAUACAAUCAAAAAUAAUAAUAAUAAGGUGCAAACGGACAAUGAAGUAAAACAAGAUGAUAAUCAGCAUAAUCUUCAAUCCACUUCUGGAACAGAAAGUACAACAAUUCAUUCAAGCACAUUGUUACAUGUAUUAUUAAUGACUAUAACUAUCUUAUUAUUCUAA